AUGGCCCAAUCCACCGUUCCCCCUCUAGCAUUCCCUCCCGCGAUGUCGUCACAGUCCGCAUCCAGCCCGCCGACCCAAGAUGAAGUCGGCCUUGGAAUAACCGCAAUCGAGGCAGAUCCAGCCCUUGACGCCGGUCCGGAUCGUGAAGAUGACGCGGAUUCAGCCAUCGACGCCGCCAGUGUUGCCUCAUCCACCACGUCCCUGACCGAGAGCAUCUUCAACUACCGGAAGCUACACGGGCGGACUUACCAGGCCAGUCAAACGACCGAAUACUGGGCACCCAACGACGACCAACAGAACGAGGGCCUCGACAUUAUCCACAAUGCGCUGCUCAUAAUGUUUGAAGACAGGCUGUUUCUUGCCCCGGUCGGAGAUGACCUUCAACGAGUUCUUGACGUCGGCACGGGCACGGGUAUCUGGGCAAUUGACUUUGCCGACCAGUUUCCUGAUGCUGAAGUCAUAGGAACAGACAUUAGCCCGAUACAGCCGAGUUGGGUUCCGACCAAUCUCCGAUUUGUCAUUGAUGACUUCCUCCUGGAUUGGAUGUGGCCUGAAAAUCACUUUGAUUUCAUUCACCUCCGAUGUCUGUACGGAAGUGUCCCCGACUGGAUUGGCUUGUACAAGAACGCAUACCGCCACCUCAAACCAGGUGGAUGGGUUCAGAACCUCGAGGUGAACGCCGGAUUUAACUCUGAUCACGUCGAGUACCCUCCAGACCACAUCUUCCAUGAAUGGGGGCGUAUAUUUGAGCAGGGCGGGACAAAAACGGGUCGCUCGUUUACUGUUGCGCAGGGCCACACGAUGAGGGACAACAUGGAGAAGGCGGGGUUCGUGGAUAUUGUGGAGAUCAAGGUCAAGCUGCCUACGCAUGGCUGGCCCAAGGAUCCAAGGCUUCAACAUGCGGGGCUACUGAUCCAAAUCGCGCUUGAUGAGAGUCUUGAGGGAUUCGGGACUUUUCUGUUGACGCAGGUGUUGGGAUGGUCGCAGGAGGAAGUCUUGGUGUUGACUGCGCAGAUGCGGAAGGAAAUCAGGAAGAAGGCGAACUUUGGUUACUGUGAAACGUAA